AUGGAAACUGUUUUAAGGACACUUGAAAGACGCUUCAAGCAUUCAAAAGGAACGAUUCAGAAUUCAGUCAUAUUAUUGAUGAUUUAUGGAUUUGAGAAAUUCAUAAGCACGCAAUUGUUCAGGUGAGAUGAGUUUCUUUAUAAACACAAAGUCUUGCAGUCACUCCUAGAUCAUUCUUCAAUCAAACAGAAAAGCUACUUUGCUAGGUUAAAACGGCAGGGAGGAACUUUUAAUUCCGGUGUAUGAGACCGCGACACUGUGACUUGUUACUGGUGUAAAAUCUGUAGUUUUUUGCCACUUUAUUUUAAAUCAGUGCAUCUUUUGCCCAAAGAGGCGUUUUUCAAGAAUGUACUGAAGUAAAAAGACACAAUCUUUCAAAAAAAUAAAUCUUGCACAUGAUAGCUUGCUUUAGCCGGUACGUUCAUUGUUGUUUAAAGUUGCAUGAAAAAUUUUCUGAGGGAGUUGAAGAUCAUCCAACUUUUCAUUUUUUUUUUCUUUUACUUUCUGGAAUAGCAUUUACAAAUUUUGAAAACUCUUUUUUACCUUUAUGGCUAUUUGACUGAUUAUCUUUAUGUUGCUGAACCAAAUCAUGACUCUAAAAGCUAUUUCCAGUAGGUGCGCCGGUUUUACUUUGGGUUCGCGCACAAACAUUCUAAAAUAGCUACGAGUCUGUGUUAGUUCAUGUAAAAUUAUCGCUAAAAAAAGAAACUGAGCCUGAUCUAGAAAAAACGCAUAAAAAUUUCCCCAUAAAGGACAUAAUUUUGAUAAGCAAACUUUUCUUUCCCAUCGUUUUCAUCUUCUUUAAAAUAAAAACAGAAAGAAAGCCAGACUUUUUUAAUACAAAGAGGAAUAACGAAAUCAUCUGCAGCUGGCCUUUUAAGACAUUAUUAUUUAUUUAUAACUUUCGCUGUUAAAAUCAAUUGAAAAACAACUAAAAAAAAUUCUUCUCGAAGAACAACAGAAUAAUUGGUUUAAGUGUAUCAUACAAAGAGCGAGAGAAAUUCAAAAGCCAACUGAAGUAAGUCACGUUACCUGAUUUUACCAAGUUGGUACCAUACUCUGACCAAUUCCCCAGUCUCGGAACUGGGCUGCAUAUCAUUGAAAAAUGGCUGGGAUUUUUGUCUCUUAUUAACCAUGGUCAGCAGGGCUAUUAUGAAUUGAUUUCUAAAUUUACUAUUUAUAUUACUGGAACUGAAACGAAUUCACGUCGUCUGUCUAAAUCCGGGAGAAGUAGAAAAAUAAGUAGAAAAAUGUAGACACAAGUCAUGCCGAUUUUUGUACACGUAAAGGGUGUCGUUACGUAGCCUCCUUGUGUCACAAAAAAAAUACAGAAAAGAAAAAAUGGGGGAUACAUAUAUUGCUUAUAGGAAAUGAAAUAACAUCGUUACGAAUAUGGCCAAUAGGGCACUUCCAAGUAAGUGCCGUUUGAGUUAUUAUAACUAAAAAAUAACUGAUAAAUGAAAACCAUGAAUUUAUUGGUAGCACAGCCAUGAAGUGUUUUUUGGUCUAAUAAUGUCCCCCUUUGGGGAAGGGGAAAAACAGGAGUAGCUGCGGAAAAAACUUCUCGCCCCGGAGCAAGGGCAAGAACAACAAUUAAUUUAGCCUUCUUGUUAGGAGGUUUGCUUAGCUUCUCAACAUUUUUGUACGCUCAAAAGUUUUACACACACCAAUUCAAACGUUAGCGUAAUACAGUUCUAUAGCCCGCCCCUGUAUUUCCUGUGCUUGUUGGGUUUGGAAACAUCUUGCCUCUCGUUGUUGAUGCAUGACGAGUAUCACCAAGCUGUUCCAAUUAAUCUAAGAAGCAUGUUCAGGCUAAAGACUGAUGUACAUAACUAUAGAACCAGGUCUGCAUCAAACCAACAUCAUUAUGUUGAGUACUCUCGAACGGAAAAAAUGAAAAAUCAUUUGUGAGAACUGGUGCUCUAAUAUGGAACGGUCUAUCCAAAUCUCUUAAGUCCUUGAGAAAUCUCAAUUUAAAUCCAAAAUCAAACAAAUUCUCCUGGAGUUUCUUCACAGAACGUGCAGACAGACAGUCAGAACGCGCGGACUUGACGCACGCGUGAUUGAACCAAGGUGGACUCCUCUAUUUACUUAAAUGGGACAGUGACCAACGCGAAAGUUUCGGCUACUUUGGUCACUGUGCAGAUAUCAACAAACCUGUAUAUUAUAUUUAGUUUUCAUCAUUUGUUAACCUACUGAUUCUGUAAGCCAUCUUAUUAUUAUAUACUGUACCAACUUGAAUAGUGCGUAAUAAACUUGAACUCCCCAAAUACUUCGUGAUAUUAAGCAAAUGGAAAUGUGAUAAUAUCUUACAUAUUUCAUUUUUUUUCCUUGUCUGCCUCCAAUAUCAAUUAACAUUAAGCUUUACAAUAAUAUCUGCAACUCUACAGAUCAGCUUCUAUAUUGUUAUGUUGACAAAUUUUUAUUAUUUUUAAUACGAUUACUUUUCCGUGCCUCGAAUAGCGUUUCUUUGCUAAUUUGCAGGGUAACUGUAUUUAGGUUCAAAAUAUGUGUGAAUAAAUUAAACUUUUGUUUUUUUAUUAUCUGAUUAUUAUUGAAGGCAUGGGGCCUAUUGAGGGAAAAUCAAAAGUGAAACUUUGCUCGGAAAUCUUUUUUCAUUUCCUUUUCCGUCGUUUUUUUGUGGAUUGAAACCAGGUCAUGUGUAGAACGUUCCUAAGUAUUAUCUUUAGGUUUACCUGUAAAAAAAAAAACACUUUAUGCGUUAACUCCCAUUUUACCUGCCAAAACAUUAUCUUCUCUUGUUUCAGGUUAUUUUAAACGUGUGAAAAUAUAUCCAAUACUCAAAACUUAGAGAAUGCUUAAAUUUUAGGCAAAGCCUGUGGUUAGGAGUACAGACGCCCGCGGAAAUCCCUAAAAGAGAUUUUUCGUGUACCCCUCGGGUUCAUUACCUACCAAAUUACCAAGAGAGUUGUGGAAAAAAUACAACCCUUAGUGCCAGAAUUACUUAUAGCCGACUGGAAGUGUUUGAUGUUGUAAUGAAAAAAAUUGUCUCAUGUUUGUAUGAUAUUACUUGUAAAGGCAAUGAUCCUGAAUUACUAUACAAUCAAGAAUACAAAAACGAGGCCUUCAUCAGAUAAGGAAGCAUGGUGUGCAAGGGUGGUGUAGUGGUGAGAGCACUUGUAUCCCACCAAUGUCGCCCGGGUUUAAAUCCCGGCUUCCACGCCUUGUUUGAGUUGAGUUAGUCUUGGUUCUCUUCCUUACUCGAAGAGGAGAGACAGGAGAGGAAAGAGGACGGCAAACCUUGUGUGACAAGCGCGACAACAACUUUGAUUGAAAAAAAGGUUCCUCCAAACUUAACCCUCCUUUAAAUAAAUCUUUUUGGAAAAGACCAGAAAACAUUAAUUUAAGUGACAAAACGACAAAACACUCAAGUAACAGCCCUGUCACGUUUGUCACAAACAAGCGUUUUGCCGUUCUGUUGCGUAAACUCACUAUUUUUUCCCUUCUAUCUUGCCAGAUGUCCUUGUACAAACAACUUUUUGUACAGCGUGGUUAUGAUGGCUGGCCCCUCCCUUUUUCUAUUGGGCCUCGGUUUCAUGAUGAGUGGAGGUUUCUGGAAGACCUUACAGGAAGGAAGCAAGCUCAAACAUUUCAAUGAAAGACUCAACUACCGGAUGAAGUCACUCAGUCGACUCUUCCAGCCAUUUCUAGCCCCCACGGCGUACAUAACGAUGGUCUUGUUAAAAGGAGACAUUUUUGUGUGUUCCCAAAUUGGUGCUGUGCGCAAUGUUGCUUGCCAGGGUGCUGUGUCAGACACAAAGUCAUCACAAGUAAGAACUUUUGAAAUCCUUGCCAGCUGAUCUUUUAAAGUUACACUUUCUCAUUUACCCUUUUCAUCCAAACAUGCAGUCUGAGAAAAUUCUGAGAGCUAAGUAGCUACACCUAACUCUUGGCUAUGUAAACCAAUAACUGCAAUGUAUUUUUGAUCUUCGCUUCCACAUAAAUGCUCAAUUGUCCUUGUAAAAAAUAAGCCAGUGGUUGAAAAACUCUUUCGUCACAUUAUUUCUUUGAGAAUGCGAGGUAUGGGUUAAGGCUUCCUGUGGCACUCGCUGGCAUCCGAGCAAAAAAGCUGUUUUAUCACCAUCAUCAUCAUCAUCGUCAUCAUCAUCAUCAUCAUAAUCAUCAUUAUUAUUUUUUAUAAUUUAUUACGGAGGGAAAAACACAAGUAUUAUCAGGAGCCAUUCACCCUGGUAAUGUAUCCCUAACUCAGCCCAAAUCUCGUUCCCAGAUCGGCUUCGUCAACAAGAGAUCUGGGUACGAGAUUAACUCGGCCCUGAUGAGACUGUUUAUUGUGUUCAUGUGGCUGAAAUGAGUGUCAUCAUACUGUAACACUCAGUACCAAUAUUAGCACUGAAAAACACGCACCAACGUCGCAGUAUGGCUAUUACCUUACGUAUGCGCUUAACCAUAUCACCCGGGCAGUGGCAGCCAUGGACAGCUGUUUCGCCCUUUAUUGGGGCUCAUCAGCAUGGCACAACCGUCGGACCUCUGGACGGAAAGUCGCAGAGUUGGAACUAGCCUGCGGAGCAAGCGUUUCCGUUUGGUUUCGGAGCAAAAAGAGACCGUGGAAGGGGAGUUUCGGUUUUGAUCGCGCGAGAAAUUAAACGAGAACCAAAAGAUGAAAAAUGGGGGAGGGAGAGAGGAAGGCAGGAAAUAGCGUUUCCUUUCUUUCUUCCCCAACCCCUCCCCGCUCUUUUACUUGCGCCAUUAUUCGCGCGGUCUUUGUCUCUUGUUCCUCGUUCUUUGUUCCUAAACCGCACAGAAACGCUUACUACGCAGGCUAAGUUGGAACGUGUGCGUCAGUGCUUAAAUUGGUAUUGUAACACUCAGGCCUAGGCCAAACGUCUAACCUCUUCAUGAGACGAACCAAACUCUAAUUAAGGUAGGACGCGUCAAACUAACCAACUGAAUCAGACCAAAAAGCAAUUUUAACUGGCCAGCUGGUGUUGAGUACUAAAUUUUCUCUCGAACGAGGCCAAAUAUACAUUAUCACACAAAUUUUUAAUUUAUUAGUUUUGUUCGUCGCAUGUAAAGAUCGUCACUUGUCCCGGAGACGAUCUUCAGACAUGUUAAACUCAUUCAUUCAAACUCAUUCAGACGAACUUAAGUUAACCAGACGUCGAACUCUUCAUGAACAAAACUCACCACAUUUGGUUCGUCUCAUGAAAAAAUCGACUUUUGGCCAAAGCCUCAGUGGGGAAGUUUCCUAUGAAUUAAUCCAGUUGUAUCUAUGACAACCAGAUUCACUGUACUGGCUUAAUUUACCCCCAAAUCAGCGAGUUUCAUAAUUAUUGAUUCCUUACAAAGGGAAUUCACUCUACUAAUGGUUACUUUCGCCCUUCCCCCAGGAGAAAUCAAACGAGCUGCACAUUCUCAAAGUACACACGCAGUCCCAGAUUCUCGGGUUAGGUAUCUUGGUCGCAUCAACGGUGUUCUCGCUGGGCCUCGUUUGCAUUCAGCGAUGCUGCUUUGAAGACGACACGCUUCCGAACCCAGGUGAAUUCGAAAAGCUUGAAAAAGAAGUACUAGGGAAUUUAUUUCGCGAGAAAUUGUUGGUCGCCAUUCAAGAAGACGCAAAGAAAAAGGUGAACGACGCGUUCCAGAUCAAAUCUAAAAGGGAUGUGAAAGAUGUUUUUAACAGAGCCAGAGCAGCACUGAGAGGUAUUACUUACCCUACCGACAGGAAUGGACGAUAUAAUAGACUGAAUAUUGACGAUGAAGAAACUGAAUUGCAGCUUAUGGAUUCCACCCAUCUGUAA